AUGGCGUCUCCCGAUCAACUCCAGCUCCAGACUUUCCCCUCGAAACCACGUGUGUUUAUUUUGAGUGACAUUUCCAAUGAGCCGGAUGAUGCGGAGUCGUUGGUUCGCUACUUGCUUUAUUCAAACCAGUUUCAGACUGAAGGGCUGGUCGCUUGUACGUCGACAUGGAUGAAGAACAAGGUUUGUCCACAGGAUAUGCAUAAGAUUGUCGAUGGCUAUGAGAAAGUGGUCGACAACCUCAACGCCCAUGCGAAUCCAAAGGAUCCAUACCCGACAGCUGAUUAUAUGCGAUCUUUGAUCAAGAAGGGUGCAGAGACCUAUGGCAUGACAGCAGUCGGAGACGACAUACCCCUCAGCGAAGGCGCCGAGCUUCUUCUACAACGUAUCCUCACACCAACAGACGAACAGCCCCUCUGGAUCCUUUGCUGGGGCGGAACAAACGUGCUCGCCUCCGUCCUCCUCAGAAUCCAAAACACGCAUUCAGCCGCCGAAGCCCUAAAGCUGCGCUCCAAGCUGCGCGUGUACGCCAUCUCCGACCAAGACGACACAGGCGCCUGGAUGAGAACAAAGUACCCGGAUCUUUUCUAUAUCUGCUCCGUGCACGGCUGGAACCAGUACGGCAUGGCAGCCUGGUGCGGGAUCUCCGGCGACGCAUGGUACGGCUUUGACAAGGGCGGGCCGGAUCCCAGCAAGAUCAGCAAGACGUGGAUCAAGGAGAAUAUCCAGAUCGGGCCCCUGGGCGGAGCGUAUCCGGAUUAUAUGUUUAUUCCCGAGGGCGAUACGCCGACGUUUCUGUAUCUUAUCCAGAAUGGAUUGGGUGUGCCUGAGCGGCCGGAAUAUGGAUCUUGGGGCGGUCGGUAUAUUGCGACUACAUGUGGGGUUGGUACGGACGGCGUGGCCAAUGGUCAUUUUAGUGAUACUUCGGAUGAAGUUGUUGGGUGUGAUGGACAGACGCAUAAAUCGAAUCAUGCAACUAUUUGGCGAUGGCGCGAUGCUUUUCAGAUGGAUUUCGCGGCGCGUAUGCAGUGGUCGCUUUCGUCUGAUCUGAGCAAGGCUAAUCACCAUCCUGUUGUUGUUUUGAAUGGGAGUCAGGGUCUGGAGCCGCUGGAUUUUGAGCUGGAGGCUGGUUCGACGUUUCGGUUCGAUGCAUCUGCGUCAUAUGAUCCUGAUCCUGACGAUCGUAUUACGUUCAAGUGGUAUCAGUAUCGCGAUCCAAGUGCGACGCAAUGGUCUGUUCAUUAUGAGGUUGGGUUGUUGGAGAUUGAGCCGGUCAAUGAGAUCGGUAGCAUUGUGGAUGUCAAGAUCCCGCCGCCCGAUAAGUGCUGUGUGGAGCUUAUCAGUCGUGUGGCCGUGCCAAAGGGUCAGGUAUUACAUCUGAUUCUUGAAGUGAUGGAUAACGGGUCCCCUGCUCUUAUUAGCUACCGCCGGGUUAUCAUUCAAACCACGAAUGAGAAGCUCCUAGGCGGAGGCGGUGGCGCAGACGCAAUUGGCGAUAUAAUGCGGGAUGUGAUUUCAGGUCAUUAG